CCCAGCCUUUUCCCGUCUCGAAAGUUCAAACAUGCCCCGAUUCCUCAAGUUCUCCCUCUCUUCCCUCGAUCGAUCGGGGAACUCCGACGCCGUGAUUAGGAUCUCGUGCUUGGCGUUAGGGUUUCUUCUUUGGAUUUCGCCUCCGGUUCCCUCGCUGGCCGAUGAAUCUCCGGGAGUAUAUGGUUGUAAGAUGCCCUUACGUAGCGUUGCCUUUGGCUGGCUAGAUGAUAAGAAUGCAUUCCAAGCAGGAGACACAGCAACUAUUAAGAUUAAGAUAUUGGAUGAUUCGUGCAGAAGCAGAAACUCCAGUUUUAGCAUAGCCCCUAUGAAUUUUUCACUUAUAAUUAAUGGGAAGAAAGGAAACAGUUCAUAUAUAUCAGGUGUUCUUCAGUAUCUAGAUGGUGAUCCUGUUUUUUGGAAUAUAUCUUUUACUCCCAUACGGGUAGGACAGUUUCCUGUGGUUAUAACUGAUGAAAAUAUUGGCAUCCUAGAUUCAUCUCUCCACUUCACUGUUACGACUGGGCAUAUAUAUCCACCUGCUUGCAUGGUUUCUUGGAUGAAUUUUGUCACUGAGUUUGUUGCUGGAACAAAAGCAUAUUUGUUUCUGCUUCUUAAAGAUGCAUUUGGGAAUACUAUCUCAUCAGAGAUUGAUGGACCUAGUGGAGAUUACUUUAUGGUGUCUGCCUCUUGUGAAAAUGGAUCUACAGCUGAUCUGCUUGAUGUCAAGUCUAAUGGAUGGAAUGAACUGGGAUAUUUUGGCAUGGAAUUUGUUCCCAAGACUGCUGGAAGUCUUUCGUUGCGUGUCCAUUGUAAUGAUCUGACUUUGAGAGGGUCUCCUCUACCAUUUAUUGUAAAACCAGGAUUGAUGAAUAUAACCAGUAGUCAAGGAGAAUGGAAGUAUAGAACAAAUUUUUUCCAGGUGUUCUCGAAGCUGGAAAUUUUUAUAUAUCAAAAAGAUCAGUUUGGAAACUUAGUUCCAGGUUUCUAUCCAUUUGAUGCUCGGGUGGUUGAGAAGGCUACUAAUUUGUCCAUCCCUAUAGCAGACUUAUUCUUUGAAGAGGUUGCACAGGGAACCCAGUUGCUUUCUUUUGUUGUUUCUGAACCUGGUGAAUUCAUGCUUAUCAUUUUUGAUGCAAAGCUACACGAAAGUAUCUGGAACAUGACAUAUGAUUUCUCUGUAUUUAUAGGUUAUUGUCAUGAAUCAAACAGUUUUGCAAAUGGGUCUGGUUUAGCAAGCUCUGUUGCUGGUAAGAUAUCAAGCUUUACAGUUUAUUUGGAGGACCUGUAUCAUAAUCCAUCUCCAGUUGAGGCAGAAACGAUACGUGUGGAAAUCUUAACUGAAAAUGGUACUUCUAAUGUUCUACCAAUUAUAUUCCCUUUGCAGACUCUUAUUGAGCAUAGCAAUGUUGCUCAUCAGUCUGAUGGAUCUGCUAGAUGGGCUCCUGCAUUGCCAGCAAAUGACAAUCACACUAUUAUUGGGAAUUCAACAGCACGAGUUAGUGAUUUUAAUGUUACCUAUACUCCAGAGAAAUCUGGUGACUACAAAAUAUGGAUAUCCUGUGGAAAUAUUCCUGUAAAUGAUGGCAAUCUUUAUAUGAUGAAGGCAUCUCCAGGUUUGGUUGAUACGUCAUUAUCAAGUGUUUUGCGUUUUGCAUCUGAUGUUAAAAGACAUGCUAAAAAUGAAGUUUUAGUGCAAAUUGUGGACUCCUAUUGGAAUCCUGUUUCAUCAAAGCAGACAAAAUUGAAUUUACAAGUGUAUUCUGUGAAUAGUUCAAGUUUCAUUAAAUGGGAUUUUCUGAACAAUGAAGAUGGAUCAUACACUGGUUACUACAUGGCAAGAGAUCUUGGUUCUUAUAAUAUAUGUAUCUUGUUUGAGGAGAAGCAUUUGUCUCCUUGUCCCUUUGAGGUUCACGUGUAUGGAAGAGAGUAUUUUUCUGAGGUCACCAAUGAUAGCAUCUAUGUCUGGGAGGAUGAAUCACUUGCUUUGGAUGUCCUUGUGAAUGAUUAUAUUGCAGGUGGAAAAUUUAAUAUAAUUGAAUUCUCAAUACCGCUUCAUGGAUCACUGUUGCAAUAUGGGCAAUUGUUUCGGUACACUCCUUACCAGGGGUUCUUUGGGAAAGACUCUUUUUCUUAUACAAUAUCUGAUGUUAACAAGAAUGUUGCUACUGCUGUGGUCCUUAUCUCUGUCUUAUGCAAGCCACCUCAGUUUGUUUCUUUACCUGUUGGAUUGCAUGUAAUUGAAGACAUUAUAAGCCCCAAAUUCGGUGGCUUUCCUGGAUUUGAAAUUAUGUACUCGGAUGUGAAGCAAAAUAUUUCUCUUGCAAUAAGAGCACAAUCUGGUAAUGUCUUUCUUUCUCCGAUGCAAAUGCAGCUUCAGCAAACAAAGGGAAGUUUGUUUUCAGCAACCAGGGAUGAUAGAGCAAGGAAGGACUUAGUAAUUUCUGGCCAUGUUGAAACAAUUAACUCUGCUCUACAAUUUGUCAAAUAUGUUGGUAAUGAGAACUUCUAUGGAAAUGAUAUUAUCACUUUGCAUGCCAUGAAUGAAAAUGGAGUACAGGAAGCUCGUGUUCCAGUUUUUGUUGAGCCAAUAAAUGAUCCUCCUAUUAUCAGUGCUCCUAAAUUUAUCAGUUUGGCAAGGAAGGAAGGAAACAAUGGACUGCAGAUUUUUGACAAGCAAAGAGAUGCGUUUGAGUUCUUAAUCAUGGACUCGGACAUUUUCAAUUUUGUUGGUAACAAGUCUCAUUUUCGGGUCAUGUUGUCCAUGGAAGUAAAUGAUGGGACCAUAUCAACUACUCUGCCAGUCAGUCUUGUUAACACAGCUGAACUGAAAAUCAAGGGUAGCAACCAGUGGCAGCCUCUUCAAACUUUUGUGACAAUAUCCAACCAUUUUGUACUUAAAGGAAAAGGAAUUAGGUUCCAUGGUUCAAUUGGUGAUUGCAACAACGCAAUACAGCGGUUGUUCUAUCAAACUACAGAGAGUGAUGCUGCGUUGACUGUGACUGUAAAUGAUUUGGGAAAUCAUGGAUGCUAUCCUGAUUGUCUAGAGAUGAUGUCAUUGCCGCUUUACAAUGAGGUCACUGUUAAUCUCUUUAAAAGAAGGCCUGUUAGCCAAAUGGAAGCUCUUGUGCUUGGGUCUGCAAUAAUAGUGGAAAUCAUCAUGAUGCUUCUCCUCGGCGGGGUGCUUCUAUUCUUUAUUUGUAAAUGUGUGAAUGCUCUUCAUAGAGAAGGAAGUGAUGCAACAAUUUAAGACAAAGAAGUCCCAAUCAACCAAACUAGCAACAAGCAUCACUCCAAAAUUUGACAUACAGAAAUGACCGUCUUUUCUCUAAGAAUGAACUAUUCAUGCAGCAGACCAGCAUGCAGCUUAAAUCGU